AUCUUUGUCAGAGUGUGGGAGGAGUUGUGGUUUGGAGUGGGGAUUGGCGACACACAGUCACAGAGACAUUGUCACAGUUCACGGGCGGCUCUGCACAGAGAGCGUGGAGAGAGGACAACUCUACCAUGGCACUUCAAUCCAAGCCACCUUCCCCACUGCUUGCCUUGUUGCUAUACAGUCUGCUGGUGUACCCUGCCGUUCCUUCUGAUCCCUGCUCCUCUGGUAACAGAGACAAGUGUCCGGAGUCCGGCCUUUGUGGCUCACGGAAGUGCCCUCCCGGCUCAUCCUGCAGGUCUAAUGGCAGCGACUCCUACUGUUACUGUAAGACAGGGUUUCGAUUAUGCAUGGGCUCCUGCACAACAGGACGUCCCUACUGUAAAGAUGUGGACGAGUGCUUGAACUCGAGGAAAUGUGGCCGGAAGGAGAACUGCCUGAACACCAUCGGGGGAUACUGCUGCCUCGCCGCAGGGACACACAUCAACUGCACAGAUUGUGAAAGGGCCUGCUAUAGUAACAAGACAAGCAAUGCUACAAGUUCCACAGCAUCGGAUAAAAUGUGUAUCAGUGCGUGUGAGAUUCAGGAGCUGUACCAAACAGUGACAAUGGUCAACAGCCGGUCUGUCCAGCUCGGCAGUGUGGAUCAGUUGCUGGACAAAGCAGAGAGUAUGAUGAUGUCCUUGGUCGAAGCUCCCGUCAAUCAGCUUGAGGAACGGCAGUCGAUGGAAGCAUUUGAAAUUGGGAUCAAACGUCAGAUUAGUGUUUCAGAGCCUCUGAUAUUGUCGGUGAUGGGCUACACUGUUGAGGUGGAUGCAGCCGUACUGUCGGGAAUGCGACCUGGUCAGACAGCCGCUGCUGCUCUAAUUGUACACAAGGAGCUGGACACAUUUCUGCACAACAGCAGCAGAGCCGGGCCUGGCCAUCAGGGGGCAGUGCUGAGCUCCAGGGUAAUCACCAUGGUGAUUGGCAACAGGAAGAACAGUACUCUCAGCCACCCUCUCACCUUCACCUUCCUCCACAACAAGACCAACAAGGACAGUUUUUACAUCACGUGCGUGUACUGGAGUCACAGCCGGGCUGGGAGUUGGUGGUCGACAGAGGGCUGUGACCUGGCCGGUUACAACGCCACACACACUGUGUGUAAAGCCAGCCAUCUCUCCAGCUUUGCCAUCCUCAUGGCUCUCAAGGAGCUGCCAGCCGUGUUUGAGGUGGAGAUAAUCACAUACGUGGGUCUGAGCGCCUCUCUGCUCUGCCUGCUGCUGGCCAUCACCACCUUCUACAUCUGCCCCUCCCUGAAGGACACUCGCUGCUGCAUCCACCGCCACCUCUGUCUCUGCCUCUUCAUGGCCGACUUCAUCUUCCUGCUGGGCAUCUCUCAGACUGGCAACCCGGUUCUGUGUGCAGUGAUCGCCGCGACGCUGCACUAUCUGUUCCUGGCGGUCUUCAUGUGGAUGUUUCUAGAAGGCGUGCAGCUCUACCUGCUGGUGGAGGUGGUGUUCGCCACCAAGGUCCCAUUCGAGCGCCACAUCUACUGGAUCGGCUACGGACUGCCCGCCGCCAUCGUCGCCACCUGUGCCGGCAUCCACGUGCACGGAUAUGGCACCCCCACCGCGUGCUGGCUCUCAACGCAACAUUACUUCACCUGCAGUUUCUUUGUGCCAGCUAUCUUCAUCUGUGUUGUUAACCUGAUCAUCUUGUGUAGAACGCUGAUGAAAUUGUCACACGUUAUUUCGGACCAGCCAAAAUUGAACAAGAACAGAGUGUUUACCCUGACUGCCCUUGGGCAACUGGUGAUUCUGGGCUCCACCUGGAUAUUUGGUGGAUUAUUCAUUGAAAACGCAACCGUCCCAAUGAUGUACAUCUUCAGCAUCCUCAACAGCUUCCAGGGGAUGUUCAUCUUCGUCAUGCACUGUCUCAUGAGGAAGAAGGUGAGAGAGUGGUACCAGCGAGGCUUCACAAAAUGCUUCACGAAGUGCUUCGCUCGGCCAGUUAGAUGGACACCAGUCGCUGCCUCCACCACCUCCUCCAACCAGGUCAGGAGAAGUGUCCAGGAAACAGAGUCAACUUCGGGAGAACCCCAGUGAGGGGACGGAGGAGACGAUGGAGCGUGGUGGGCCGUCCUGUGCCAGCGAACACCCCUCACCCGCGUGUAUCCUCGCAUGCUCCCGCACACUCACCCUCACCGGCCCAUGGGUGCCCAGGGUCACACAGAGUCACUUCUCUUUAGUCACUGUGUCGCUCCAGUUCCUGACCCCCCCCCCCCAAGCAGUGCCGCAGGAGUUUGGCGAGGAGUUCCUCCGAGCACCCCUCUCCCCCACGUAUCUGGGGCGACACGAUGGCGCAGCGGUAGAGUUGCUGCCUCACAGCGCCAGAGACCCGGGUUCAAUCCAGACGGUCUGUACGGAGUUUGUACAUUCCACCCGUGACCUGCACGGGUUUUCUCCGAGAUAUUCGGUUUCCUUCCACACUCCAAAGACGUGCAGGUUUGUAGGUUAAUUGGCCUGGUGUAAUUGUAAAGUAUCCCUAGUGUGUGCGGGAUAGUGUUAGUGUGCAGAGAUCGAUGGCUGGUGGGCCGAAGGGCCUGUUUCCGCGCUGCAUCUCUAAACUAAGCUAAUACGUCAUUCCACAGGGACGGAGACCAGAAACUUUAGCCACAACCCUUGACACUGUCUCACCAAGGCCCCUUGGACUAGACCAUGGGCUAGACGACCAUGUGGCCACCUUAGACCUCCCUGACCAUAGAGAUCUUGGCUACGUAUAUCUCAAGAUCCUCUAGUUCCUCAUAUUCCCAACUCACAAAGAUGCCUGGCAAGAGACUAUUUAACGAUAUAACUGCAGAGCACGUCACACCAAGGGACUAAUCCUUCUUUCAUCUGAUGCUGGUCAUUGGAACUACUGGGCUGUUUGUAAGAAAAUAAUUUUGCUGUGCAUUUGUAACUAUAACAAUAUAGCAAAAUCGAACCAUUGAGAACGGGAGCCUAAUUGCAAACUUUAGUGACUUUAGCGGGACAGGCAGCAUCUCUGGAGCAAGGAAUAAGUGAUGUUUCUUCAGAAGAAGGGUCUCGACACGAAAUGCACCCAUUCCUUCUCUCCAGAGAUGCUGCCUGUCCUGCUGAGUUACUCCAGCUUUUUGUGUCCAUCAUCGGUUUAACCCAGCAUCUGCAGUUCCUUCCGACACACAUACUUUAGUGGGUUUGUUUGACAUACUCAGCAUUUGGUCAUGCCUGAACCAUGGAAAUCUCUUCCCUUCAGUGUAAGACCAUGGAUCGCAGUGGAUUUAAUGACAACCGCUGAUCGAAUGAGCUGUGUUUAUAAAUUCAAUUAUAAUUCUUCGUAGGCAUGUUAAAAGUACAUGUUUAAUGUGUAUCACUGAGAGAGGGGAGAGAGACAAAAGCAGAGAGGCCACUGAAGGGUAAAAAGAAAAAAGACUGUGUCAGAAGGAACUGCAGAUGCUGGUUUAAUCCCAAAGUGUUGGAGUGACUCAGCGGGACAGGCAAUGUCUCUGGAGAGAAGGAAUCGGUGACGUUUGGGGUCGAGACCCGUCCUCAGACCGAGAGUUAGGGGAGAGGGAAACUAGAGGUGUGAAAAGGUACAUAACAAAUCAGAGCCGGCACCGACGAUCAAGGAGAGGUGGAGCCCACAAUGGUCCAUUGUUGGCUGUGGAAGAGGUGAUAACGAAGGGACACUGACAGAUUUCUCCAGAGAUGCUGCCUGACCCGCGGUGUUACUCCAGUUUAUUGUGUCUGUCUUCAAAGAGGCUGUUUGGAUUUCGAAGUAGAAUUAGUCGGAUGUAAGAAGAACUAAAAAAGUGUCUUUUACGGGGAAGGGUAAACUGAACUAAGAUUAAAAUUAAUGAAGGAAUGUCGUACGGGUAGAGUAAGAAUGAACUUUAAUAUUGAUGUACAUAUAUGUUAUAGAAGAUUCUAUGUUAAGAUAUGAGCUAUUAAAUAUCACUAAAAUAUUGAUCAUGAUUUAAAAUAUGCUUGCAGAAUGAAAUAAAUAUUUCAA